AUGAACUCCUACACUAACCAAGAAUCAACCUGCUUCUACGAUGAAAAUUUAAUAUUGAAAGAUGUAUAUGGUCACAAUGAUCAGGUUAGGAAUGCCAUCGAGCUUUCAAAUAAUGCAUCCCUAUCCUCAAAUGAAGCUAACCCAACGCAUAAAAUUCUGGUAGAAAAAUCUGCCGUUACAGAUAUGGUUCGUCCUGCAAAUGAGGAACAUAUUAUCGAUAGUCUCGAGUCGGCUAAGGCCAAUGUAGAUUUGCAAAAUGCACUUAAAGAUAGCUACACAGAAAAACUAAACCGCAGAGAAAGAAAUUACAUAAAGACCAAUGAAAUAGUGAGAUCAACUACGACGUCCAUUUCCCCUACAUCAAGUGCGAGGACGUGCAAAGGGCUCAACUUUGAAACAACAAGGGUAAUGUCAUUUGAACAAGAUGAAAUAGCUCCUAAAAGAGCUAUAAAUUCAACGGCCCUGGAAAAGCCAAUAUUGAAGGACCAUAGCGAUAAGUCUGUCACAUAUAACCAUGUGGAUGAAAUUGGAAAGAGCGAACUUCUAACCGAAAUCGACGGAAUCUAUAACAUUUGCGAUCUACCACAGAGCAUUUUCAAUAAGGAUAAUGCGGUCGUCGGACAUUUAGCUUGUGAAGGAACCAAUGCUUUUGAAGCACAUGAAUACUGCGUAGAAAGAAAAGAGCUAAAACUGAAAGAUCGAGACAGCCAGAUAGAGAGGUUGGAGAAUGAAGUUCGGAAACUCACUCAGGAAUUAAAUGAACUGAAGCGCGUACCAGGUAAAGUGGAUAAUGAAACACACGUUGGUGAAGACUCGCGGGAGACAGAAAACUCGUGUAUCAAAUGUGAUAAAGAGCUGGAAAUGGAAAGAAAGAAUGACAAAAUGAAGAGACUCGAGAUAGACCUUGAGGAAAAAAUAGGCAGGGAGAUAAUACUAACAGAAGAAAAUAAUAACCUGCAAAUGGAAGUCAAAAAAUUAAAAGACUCUUUGCUUGAACAGCAAAAUGCCAAUGAUUCGCUUUUGUGUCAAGUAAAAAGUCUUGAUGAACGUCUUAAAACUGAAAUUACCAAUUCAAUCGAUAUCCGAAGCAAGAUGUGGUCCCUAAAAAGAAUCACAAGGGACAACUUGGAGCUGCAAUCCCGUCUAAAAGCUGCGGAACAGACAAAUGCCAAGUUACUCCACGAAAAUGAGUCACUUCUUAAAUGGAACGAUGUUCUGUAUGCCAAAGCUGAUAAUCUGGAAGAUUCUAUCGGUGAUCUUCAAUCAUGCCUCACUUUCUCUCAGCUGCGCUAUAAAAGGCUUGAAACGACCCAUCAAGAGGUAGUAAAAGAGCGAGAUGAAUGCCACACAGAAAUUAAAUCUCUGCGAGACACUUACCACGCUAGCAAAUCAAGGUCGGACUUGCGUAUUGAACAGCUGAAAGAAAAAUGUAUGCAGUUUAUGGAAGAUUGCAAAGUCAGAGAUGAACAGAUUAGAAGCUUUGAAUACGAACUAAACCUAAUGAAGAAAACACUGGUUAGUUCCAAAGGACGAAUGGCUAAAAAGAAGAGAGAAACCAUAAUUUAUUUCAACACUGCUCCACUAAUGGAUGGCGAAGACCUUACUGACAAUUGGUCUGUAGCUCAAUCUCAAAUCGGCCGAGAGCGACAGACUCUUAAACCACUUGUCAACAAGGUUUGCUAA